GACAGAUGCACACGGUAGGACAGCUCUCCACUUAGAAGCAGAGAAAGGCUGCAGUGGUAACUUAAAGCUAUUGAUGCUUAAAUGGGUGGAUCCAUGUGUCAAGGAUUAAUUUGGCAAAACACCACUCCACUAUGCAGAGUUCAGUAUGACUGACGAGAGCAUUAAGCUUCUUCUAGAUAAGGAUGCUUUUCCGGAUUUACAAGAUGAUCAUGGAAAAACAGCAUUGUAUUAUGCAGCUGAGACAAAAAGUAGGGAACGUGUUCAACUUCUCUUAGAGAAAGGAAGUGACCAAAGCAUACAAGAUCGAGAUGGAAAAACUGCCCUUCACUAUUCAGCAGUGAAUCAAAGCAGUGCGUGUAUUGCUAUGCUGAUGGCCGAAGGUGCUGACCCAUGCAAGCAAGACACACAGGGCAAAACUCCUCUACAUUAUUUGUCACAAUUACCCAACAGUGAGUCUGUAAAGUUCCUCCAAGACGCAGAAGCUGUUUCAUCAAUAAAAGAUGUACAUGGCAAGACAGCUCUUCACUGUGCAGCAGAACAUGAACAGGUGAAAAAUGUUACAUUACUCCUAAAUCAAGGCACUGAUCCAAAUGUACGAGAUCAGCAAGGAAUGUCACCUCUCCACUAUGCUGUGACAGGAAGGAACUGUGUUACUGCUAAGCUUCUCUUGGAACAUGCCUCUGAUUUGAAUUUAAAAAGUUUCUGCGACAAGACGGCUCUCCACUAUGCAGCACAAAGAGGAAGUACAGUCAAUAUUAAGCUGAUAUUAAACAGAGGUGCCAACCCUAAUCAAAGAGAUGGGCAAGGCAGGACGGUACUUCAUUGUGCAGCCCUUGCAACUGAAGAUCGGUGUACUGACUAUGUUGAGACGCUCUUGCUAUCAGGUGCUGAUCCAUCUGAACAGGACCGAGAGGGGAAAACAGCUCUUCAUAAUGCGGCCCACAGGGAAAAUUGUAAAUCUGUGAAGUAGAUUUUGGAGAAAUGUACAGUUCCAGGAAUAGAGGACAAAGAGGGAAAGACUGCCCUUGAUUAUGCAAAACAGACUGGAAAUACUGCAAUUGUGAAUCUUCUCACUGCCAAAGGAUCUGUUCUAUAAGACAAUGAUGGUCUUUUUGUGAAUGUAUCAUCCCUAGAUAUUAACAUAACGUUCAGCCAGCUGUCAUUGUCUGGCUGAUUAAUAUACCUUGUGUGCAUAAUUCUUUGAGACAAGAAGUCGAUUGGGUAUCCCAUUUGUUUAACGAACAAUCAGGAUUAUCUCCUGGCAUGCAUACAUCGUGUGAGGCCUGUACAAUAACAGAAAUACUGCAAAAAAUUGAUUCACUCAUAAACUUUCGAAAGGGUCAUGAGUGACUUUUGUUUAACAUUUUCUUCCGCCAUUAUGGCAUAGUACACUAGACCGGGCUGGACAAUCAUAUGAUCAAGUAGCUCAAGCCCUGAUUCAUUUGUGUCCUCGAUUCAGGAAUGUAGUGCAAACUGAUGCCUUUGAUAUACUGUGUUUUAAAGUAGCAUACUCCGAUACCUUGGAAAGAUUGUGUUGUCAAUUAGUACAUGAUGGUAACUUGGAUACGCUGCGUCGUCAGUUAGUACACGAUAGUACCUUGGAUACAGCGUGAUGUCAUUUAGUACACGAUGGUAACUUGGAUACACUGUGGUUUCAAUGAGUACACAGUGGUAACUUGGAUACACUGUGGUUUCAAUGAGUACACGAUUGUACCUUGGAUACACUGAUGUGCCAGUAGUACACAGUGGUACCAUGGAUACACCGAUGUGUCGAUGAGUACACGAUGGAUAACACACGUUUAAGUGUAAGAAAUGUAAUGUUGGCCUGUAUGCCUUUUUCACCAACUGAUAGCGCUUCAAAUAGUCUUUUGAAAAUUUGCCUUUUGAUACACUUUGCAAUAACUUGCGAUUUAUGCUACUUUAAAUUUGUUGCCACUUUCACAAAUGCCGAAACGAAUUGUCAACAGUUCAGGGACAAAUCUGACAAUACUAGUUAAUAAUUUUGAUACAUUUUCAGAAAUGACUAUAUUGCGAGUCCAUCUCCCUCAUUCUGAAUUAUGUCUCCUCUAUUUCUUUUUGAAACUAUAAUUAGUUCAGUGUUAAUUCUUUCUUUCUUUUUAAUUCCUUAUUCUAUUUCCAGCUAAGUCAGUUUAAGAUUUUCUGAUUUUUCUUCCACCAGCAUUACCAAACCUGAAUCAUCCAAAGGUUCCUCGUCAACCACAUAAUUCCCAAAGUUUCUUCAGUUUCACUUUCACUCAUUGAAGGAUUAGCAUCAAGGCCAUAACACUUGCUAAACCUGACAAUUCUAAUGUCUCAGCACUGAUACAUUGGAUACAUUCUGGUGUCAGUUGGUAAGCACUGAUACAUUGGAUACUCUGUGAUAUCAGUUAUUACACAAUGGCACCUUGGAUACACUGAUGCCAGUCAUUAUACGAUGGUAUUUCGAACACAAUGAAGGAUUAGCAUCAAGGCCAUAACACGUCCAUAAACCUGACAAUCCUAAUGUCUCAACACUGAUACAUUGGAUACUCUGUGAUAUCAGUUAUUACACAAUUGCACCUUGAAUGCACCGAUGCCAGUCAUUAUACGAUGGUGUUUUGGACACAAUGAAGGAUUAGCAUCAAGGCCAUAACACGUCGCUUAAGCUGACAAUUUUAAUGUCUCAACACUGAUACAUUGGAUACUCUGUGAUAUCAGUUAUUACACAAUGGCACCUUGGAUACACUGAUGCCAGUCAUUAUAGGAUGGUAUUUCGAACACAAUGAAGGAUUAGCAUCAAGGCCAUAACACGUCGCUAAAGCUGACAAUUCUAAUGUCUCAACACUGAUACCUUGGAUACUCUGUGAUAUCAAUUAUUACACAAUGGCACCUUGGAUACACUGAUGCCAGUCAUUAUACGAUGGUGUUUUGGACACAAUGAAGGAUUAGCAUCAAGGCCAUAACACGUCGCUAAAGCUGACAAUUUUAAUGUCUCAACACUGAUACAUUGGAUACUCUUGUGAUAUCAGUUAUUACACAAUGGCACCUUGGAUACACUGAUGCCAGUCAUUAUACGAUGGUAUUUCGAACACAAUGAAGGAUUAGCAUCAAGGCCAUAACACGUCGCUAAAGCUGACAAUUCUAAUGUCUCAGCACUGAUACGUUGGAUACAUUCUG